AUGCCUGGCCCACGUUCAAAGGCGAAGAAAGCGAAGAAGACUCAGAAACUAGAGCCUAAGCAAGAGCUGGACAGAUUUGAGCACCUCGUAGAUGACAUAGAUGGGGCUGAGGGUUGGAAUGCCAUCGUCAGUAUUCUUUGCGACUACUUCCAGUUACCUGACCUCACAACACGAAGUGGACUGAAGAAACUAUUCACCAACUUUGACGUGUUCUACCGUCGUCUAGAUAAUGCCUAUGAGGCAAAUAUAGAAAACGAUAAAAUGACCGGAGGUAUUAUAGGCAUCUUUACGAAGAUGUGUGCAGACUCUAUUCUUCGGACCAAGUUAUUUGAGAAAGGUCUGUUAAUGAAAAUCAUGCCGUUGAUUAACAAGCCGUUAUGUCGUCAUUUGGCACUGCGAGCCCUCACUACUGUUACACAUCACGGAGGCGCUGAAGUGCGCAGAGAGAUCGCGGUGCAGGCUACACCCACUCUCCUUGGUGUACUCCAGGACUAUCCUGACGAUCUCAAAGCCGCAGAGCUUGCAAUUAGGACGCUGGCUCACUCGAUCGGGUCCCUCAUAAACGUCGCCGAUAAACCGGAUAUCAAAGAUAUCAAACGGCUGAAUGUUCCAACUAUGAUACGUCUUGUCACAGGUUUCGUACGACGACCAGGUGUCACCGUCGUAUUAGUGCACCAUGCCAUAGAGUUGCUCACUCAUCCGACUCUUCAUUUCUGGAAAGACUGCAAAGCAUAUCUUCCAAUGGUAUCCUUACUCGUUGCGUCUUUGCGUAGCACUGAUCUACUGGUCCGCUCCAUGGCUCUGGGUGGCUUACUUCGCCUCGAGGCAGGCGCAGCCGAGGUUGACCAGCGGUUCAAUGACCCACAGAAAUUCAUCGCAUCCAUACGACGUAAAUUCCCCCAACAUCUCUCAGACAUCAUGAUGAACUAUGGCCCAGACCGGUGUGACAUAUCGCUAACUCUCUACUCAUACGUCGACAACCAGGAUGCUUUCAUGCAAUACGCGCAGGAUCAGGAUCUGUAUGCGCUGGCCAAGAAGCUCGCUGGGUUCAUAACUAAAAAUGAAUUCUCUAUAACGGAUGGUGGAUUUCAGACUCAAAACCCGCAUACAGGAAGAAUGGAGGAGAUGGACUUAGGUCUCCCCUUUAAGAGAUGGGCGGAUGCGCUACCACAUUGUGCCAAGAUUAUUCGCGAAAAGGGAUGUGUAGGAGAAGAAGAUUUAGCAGAUAUGCUCGAUAUGAAGCAUUUUGUCAUCAAAUCUCGUAUUCCCGAAGCAGUUGCUCUGGCGAGAAAAGCUAUAGAGCGCAACCCGAGAUUUCCCUAUUUCUACUACAUUAUCACGCUAGGAACAGAGAUUGAGGAGGGCUUGCGCUUUGCAAAGAAAGGUAUGAAGUGCAAAAACAUCACUCCCUUCGUACGCUUUGCCAUGAUGCAGCGUGCUGUGGAAAUCGCUGGUGAUUUAGGUGUUUGUCGUCUGCUAGAGGCGCAACCUGGUGACCAGAAGUGGGAAGAGGGUAUUGCAUUCAUCGUGAGCUCGUUGGAUGAUGCCAAAACGUACAUAUCGGAGGCCCCGCCUGAUGCAAGACAUAUGAAGAAUGUGCUGUACUGGUACAUUGUACUGACUCUUGUCGUCAAGGGGCCGAGCAUGUCUCCUGGCCUAACAGAGCUACAGGAUGCAAUCCACAAACUCCAGACUGCCGACGAGUUUGGAAUAUUUUCGGGAACUAUACCGCCCAACACGCAACUUCGGUUGACGCAGCAAACAGUAGUGAAACUUUACUCUUCUGCCACAGAAGAGUGGGGGCCCGUCAUCGCACAUUUUGACAGCCUAGCUGCUUAUGACAGUGACCAUCAGGGGCAGUCUGUUAUCUCCGCUGAAAAGGCCGAAGACGACCUAGCUGCAUGGUUGGACGAGAUGCGCCUUGAUGAUGGUGCACAGGAUGAAAGCUGCAUUGCACGAUGCUCACACCCCAGGAUAAGAGCGAACAGCGUGGAACUAUACAGAUGUUCUUAUUGUGGAAAUCCUAGUGCGGUGUUGAGGAAGUGCAGUGGGUGUGCAAAGGCCAGAUACUGCGACAAUUCUUGUCAGAAAUCCCAUUGGAGUGAACAUAAGAUUGCGUGCAAGGUCUGACAGGUGAUGGUGAUACUAGUCUCCAAAUUAUCGAUGAUCGUUCGGUAUAUUUCUUUCUAAGUGGUCAUUCCGCUGGUUGAACAAGCAAGCAAGCUGAUACAUCAUGUUUCAAAACCUUCCUGUUGUAAAAUAUUUCGUUGUAUUAAUGUACAUCCACCUGCCAUCCUGAGCGCUGUGCAGACUUGAAACUCAGUGGCUCCACGCAUACUUACACUACAACCGUC